GAAAGAGCACGUGUAGUAAAAUAGCAGAAGAAGAAAUGCGGAAGUGCUGGCUAUGACUCAAAGCAAAUUGUUGUUGAUGUGAUAAAAGUGUGGUGCCAUGCCGUAUGUGGGCAACGAGGACACAGUGAAGGAGCUGAGGAGAGCUUUGGCAAACCCCAACGUCCAGUCGGACCAUCUGCGCUACAGGAACACCGUCCUGAAGGUCAUCAGGGUGAUGUCACAGGGUGUAGAUGUAUCGGGGCUGUUCAGUGAGAUGGUGAAGGCAUGUGCCACAGUAGACAUAGUCCAGAAGAAACUAGUCUACGUCUUCCUGUGCUCCUACGCCUCUCUAAACCCAGAACUCUCUCUGCUGGUCAUCAACACACUGAGAAAAGACUGUCAGGACCCAAACCCUAUGGUCCGUUCCCUGGCCUUGCGGAACAUGUCCAACCUCAGGUUGCCCAGUCUGGUGGAGUAUGUGGAGCAGCCUCUGAUGGUGGGACUGCGGGACAGAGCAGCUUGUGUACGGCGAGUGGCUGUGUUGGGCUGGGCCAAACUACACAACCUCCGUCCUGACUCUGAGAUAGAUGCUGCAGUAGUGAAUGAACUGUACAGCCUGCUCAGGGACGCAGACUCUGUGGUUAUGGUGAACUGCCUUCGAGCUUUGGAAGAAAUACUGAAGGGGGAGGGGGGAGUUGCUAUCAACAAACCUAUCGCUCAUCACCUCCUCAACAGGCUGACGGAGUGUGAUGUUUGGGGUCAGUGUGACGUGCUACGGAUCCUCCAACGAUACGGACCGCAGUCAGAAGAUGAGCUGUUCACUAUCCUCUCUCUGUUGGACCCUUACCUGGUCAGCCCCCACCCUCCAGUCAUGGCCACUACCCUUAGCCUCUUCCUUAGUCUCUGCUCUAGUCUACCUGCUGUAAGUUUGUCAGCUCUGGAACGAGUGAGGGGACCUCUGCUGGCUGCCUCCGGGAGUACAUCCAGAGAGAUGAGGUUUACGGCUCUCUGUCACAUUCAGCUGCUGUUGCGCUCUUUUUCCGGACUGAUGGGGGCGCACUACAAACGCUUCUUCUGUGGCUAUGCUGAGCCAGCCUAUAUCAAGCAGAGGAAGAUACAGCUGCUGGUUGAGUUGGUGAAUGAUGAAAAUGUGACAAUGUUGCUGGAUGAGCUGAAGGGAUAUUGCACUGAUGUCAACACUGACACUGCUCAGGCUGCCAUCUCAGCCAUAGGUUGUAUUGGACGGAGUUACAGUGACAGAUGUCUGGAGAUCUUAACUGGACUGCUUGGGCUCAAACAGGAGCACAUCACUUCUGCUGUGGUGCAGACAAUGCGAGACCUGGUGUGGGUGUGUCCUCAGUGUAGUGACAGUGUAUGUUUGGCUCUCGAGGGCUGUGAGGAGACGCUGCAGGACAGCCAGGGGAGGCAGGCUUUACUUUGGUUGCUUGGUGUGUACGGGGAGCGAAUGCCCAGUGCCCCCUAUGUACUGGAGGAGUUCAUAGAUGGCGUGAGGAGUGAGGCCUCUCUGGGUGUCAAGAUGGAGUUGCUGACUGCCACCAUGAGAUUGUUCUUCUGUCGGCCAGCAGAGACUCAAGAUAUGCUUGGAAGAUUGCUGCACUAUUGCAUAGAGGAAGAAGCUGAUAUGUGCAUGCGUGACCAGGGAUUACUCUACUACCGCCUGUUGAAUUCUGGAAUCGAGGUGACACGAAAAGUCCUACAGGGCAAGAGAUCUGACCCUUCCCUCGGUGUUCUGAUUGGCCUCCCUGCAGAGCCCAUCAGCCAAUGGGCACACAUCUUCAAUACCCUGGAACCUUUAAGGCAGGGUACAGAAGACACGGAUGUAGUCAGCAGGAAGAGUCCUGAACAUGGGACCUCUGUCCCCAAGUCUACCACCAACCUUUCAGACAGCUUGAACUCCAGUCACGCUGAGAUGAUUAACACAGACAGUGCCAGCCCGUGUACAGACUCCUGCACUGAUGUUCUGUCUUCCAGUGCUGUGAUGCCCCUCAGUUUGUCCCUGUCUCCCACUCUGAGCCCAGAGGAGUUUGAGCAUCUGUGGCUGCGACAGCAGAGUUUGCAUUCUGAGUCAGGUGCUGCAGAAAGGCAGGAAGCUGAAGACCGUUUGUGUGUGGAGGAACACGUUCUCGUCCAGCUCCCACCUCUCUGUUCCCCACAAAGCCUCCAGGCAGCGCUGCAGCUUGUCAACAUUCAGACGCUCGCCUUUACGCCACAGCACACACUCCCCUGGAGGGUGUUCUUGUAUACACACACCCAGCGGAUGCACUCUGCCAGCAUGCCUCACAGCACACUUAUACUUGGAGAACUCCUGUACACCGGGGAGGCCAAGGAGAAAGCAGGGGGCAGUAAAGAGGAGCAGGCCAGCGAGAGCGAGGAAGCCACUGGUGACGGACUAAGAGAAAGCGAGAUGGAGAGAAGAGAAGCAGGAAAGGAAGGAGUCAGAGUGACUCUAAAGCAGCAGCCAAGAGACGACAAAGUUCUGAGUGCAUUUCUUUCCAUCCUCACAACUGUCCUGCACACACUGUCCUCAGCGAAGCUAUGAAUGUGCAUGUGCAGACAUGCACACAUGCGCUGUUCUACUUUUUGUCAGCAGUUACUGCAAUCAGUAUGACUCCAGUGUUAUUAUUAGCCAAUGCAAAUAGUGGUAUGUGUUUCUAAAAAAAAAAAAAAAUCCUUGUUGCUGAUAGAGUGAUUGCACAUUGGUGGUGUCAUAAAGGUGCUGAAAUGUCAUUUUAAGCAUUAAUAUAGCAGCUAAUUUCAUAUGCAAAUAUUAUAAUAAUUAUAUACAGUGAUGAGAAUGAUGCAACUCUUCCUUUAUGUGUGUUGUAAGCUGAGCUUUUCUGUUCUUUGUUUACUAAGCCAGACGAGUACACUUUUAAUGCGUGCUUAAGUGACCAACUGAGGUCCUCUGAGCAGAGAACAACACCAAGUUGCAAUUAAUGAUUUUAUUCACCACUGAUCUCACAGGAAAGGUCAAUGCACUCAAAGAUAACAGUCCGCACAAAAAGUCGCCUGUGUGAGAACAAACGAUAUGAGAGUCGUAGGCACAGGCGAUGGGUCAGUACACAGAAAGUCAUACCAACGGCAAACACUGUCCGUGAGGGAAGCAGCAGGAGGUUAAUCCAGGUGAAGAAGUUUAGGGUCAGUAAAC